GGGAGGGCCAGUUCCUCAGCUGCGGUCCCGGGGCGCCGCCGGGUCCUGAAACGGGAAGGAAGCGGCGGCCGCGGCGGUCUCGCCGCAUUUCCGCUCGCGGUUUCGGGCGCGGGGGGAGCGCGGGCGAGGCUUCUCGGGGCCGGGGGCUGAGACAGGAUCAUUCACAAAUGCCUGGAAAUUCCUCGUUGGAUUCCCGUGUUUUAAACAGAGUUUUGUGAGCAUCUUUCAUCUUUACUUGGAAAAGAAAGAUGUGGAAAGCCUCGGCCGGCCACACCGUGUCCAUCACCCAGGACGACGCGGGAGCCGACGACUGGGAAACCGACCCCGAUUUCGUGAAUGAUGUAAGUGAAAAAGAGCAGCGAUGGGGGGCCAAAACCGUCCAGGGGUCUGGGCACCAGGAACACAUCAACAUACACAAGCUGAGAGAGAAUGUGUUUCAAGAACACCAGACCCUCAAGGAGAAGGAGCUCGAAACGGGACCCAAAGCCUCGCAUGGCUACGGAGGGAAGUUUGGUGUGGAGCAGGACAGGAUGGACAAAUCAGCUGUCGGCCAUGAGUAUCAGUCGAAGCUUUCCAAGCACUGCUCGCAGGUCGACUCCGUCCGGGGGUUUGGAGGCAAGUUUGGUGUCCAGGUGGACAGAGUUGAUCAGUCUGCUGUGGGCUUUGAGUACCAGGGGAAAACUGAGAAACACGCCUCGCAGAAAGACUACUCGAGCGGUUUCGGUGGCAAGUACGGCGUGCAGUCUGACCGCGUGGACAAGAGCGCGGUGGGCUUCGACUACCAGAGCAAGACGGAGAAGCACGAGUCGCAGAGAGAUUACUCCAGAGGUUUUGGUGGCAAGUACGGUAUCGACAAGGACAAGGUGGAUAAGAGCGCGGUCGGCUUUGAGUAUCGAGGCAGAACCGAGAAGCACGAGUCCCAGAAAGACUACGUGAAAGGCUUUGGAGGGAAGUUCGGUGUGCAGACGGACAGACAGGACAAGUGUGCCCUUGGCUGGGAUCACCAGGAGAAGCUGCAUCUGCACGAAUCCCAAAGAGAUUAUAAGACUGGUUUCGGAGGCAGAUUUGGUGUUCAGUCCGAGAGGCAGGACCCCUGUGCUGUGGGCUUUGAUUACAAGGAGAGACUGGCCAAGCACGAGUCCCAGCAAGACUACUCCAGAGGCUUCGGUGGGAAAUACGGGGUGCAGAAGGACCGGAUGGAUAAGAACGCUUCCACCUUUGAGGACGUUGCCACGGUGGCCUCCACUUACCAGAAGACUGUCCCUGUCGAAGCAGUGAGCAGCAGGACCAGCAACAUCAGAGCUAACUUUGAGAACCUGGCAAAGGAGAAGGAGCCCGAGGACGGGCGGAAGGCGGAGGCAGAGCGGGCGCAGAGGACGGCGAAGGGGCAGGAGGCGGCGCGGAGGCAGCUGGACGAUUCACGUCCGUCCUACGUGCAAAUUCCCUUCACUCCGUUGGAAGGUCCCCGGAGGUCUCAGUCCGUUACAGCCUCAGCUCAGAGCCCCGGUGGCGGCCUCCGGACCAGGAGCAAGCCCGGGCCCAGAAGCCCACGCCCCCCGCGUCGCCCACGCCCCAGCCUGCCCAGGAGAGGCCGCCUUCGAGCCCCGUCUACGAGGCCGCGGCUCCGUUGCCGGCCGAGCCGAGCUACACCGGUGAGCCCGAGCCGGUGUACAGCACGGAGGCCACCGAGUACCAGGAGGCCUAUGCCCCGGAGGCCGUCUACGAAAGCACGGAGGCCCCGGGCCCCUACCAAGCAGAGGAGGGUCCCUACGAUGAAUAUGAGAACGACCUUGGAAUCACAGCCAUUGCCCUCUACGACUACCAAGCUGCGGGCGAUGAUGAGAUCUCCUUCGACCCCGACGACAUCAUCACCAACAUCGAGAUGAUUGACGAUGGCUGGUGGCGCGGGCUGUGCAAGGGCAGGUAUGGGCUCUUCCCCGCCAACUACGUCGAGCUGCGGCAGUAGGUAGCUGGCCACGCCCUCGCUGUCUGUGGCCACGCCUGCCUUCUGGUGUUUUCUUCAGGGUGCCGAGGGGAGUAUGCAUACUGCUUUUAUAUUUAAUACUUUUGCCGAUGCUUUUGAAAAUGUUUACGCCACAGAACUUGCUAAUAUAUUGUAAUCAUGCUC